AUGUCUUCGGUGAAGAAACAAGUCCGCUUUAGCGAGCAGGAUGGAAGAAACACCUCAUUAAGUCAAACUUUAACUCUGCGACAUAUUGAGACGCCAAAUUCUGACACUAGUUCCAGAAAUAUCAGGAAAAAAAAGGGACGGAGAAAGACUAAACUUCAGCUACUCAAAGCCGAAAAGAAAAAGCUACAAAGGGAUUUAAAGAAUACCAAGGAAGGUAUUUUGGAAGAUAAUGAAAGAAAGGCAAGCCCGUUAUAUACUCCUUAUGAAAGCAGACAGAGACUCGCUCGCACUGCGAGUGAAACGUUGACAAAGCUUCAGCAAAUACAGGGAAAAAUUGUAACAAAGGAAAAGACAAAUAAAUUGAAAGUUCAGCGAAAAUUAAGCGCUAAGUUACAAAAAAGAUCCAUCAAAGCUGAUAAGCAACACAGCCGGAUCAUCAAAAUGACUUCAAGGAUGGAGCGAAUGAAACUAGGAGAAGAGGAACUGCGCGCUGAGAUUGACAGAGAGCUGAAAGAAGGAGCGACUUAUACGCCUACUGAUUCAACAGACGCAGAAUCUAGUCCAGUUCGUUUACCUCGCAUUCGCUCAGCUGAUUCAGCUGACUGGAUAAAGCUUUCAAGUUUACCUGAGCCCAGAAUAGAUAAUGAAGAACAAGACUCUAGACCUACCUCUGUGUUGAGUGAUUUUGCAAUUCAGCUGACUCCAAGCGAGAAGAGGAUUGCGGCAGACAAGCUUGCUCAUAAGUACGAUAUGACACGUGAGCUGAGAAACGCAAUUCAUGAACACAUGAUAUCGCGCUCUUAUAGUUUUUCAUAUUUCAAUAUCAUUCCGCCGUAUAAGAGGAAAAAGCCUAAACCCCAGAAAACGAGACAAGUCUUUAACCGUUUGGUUUACGAGGACAAAAUCGGGGUUAUGGAUUUUAGAAAACUGCAACCGAAAAAAGUAGUUUUAAGCUCCUAA